GAAGAAGAAAUCUAUGCACGCUCUGUGAGUAGUUAUUAUGAUGACGAACCGGAAACACUACUGGAUUCAGUGUUUUAUUUGUGGAUGUUAGAAUUCCACUCUGAAAAGUUAUUAAAUUUAUGCAAGGAUAAAAUCGGUGUUAUUCGAAAAAUGCAAACAAAAACAAAAAUACGGUUGAAUAUGAUGUUGAUUUGUAUGCAGGUUGAAGAUAUGCAACUUUACAAACGUUUUGGUGUGAAAGCUGAUGUGUUUAAGUCGGAUACAAAGCAAGAGUUGGAGAAAAGGCCGAAUUUAAUGAAGAUUUAUAAUGUUUUGAAGCUGUUUAUGAGUGAUUUGGAUGUGAAUCGGCUGGAAUUUGAAUAUCAAGUGCCACAUUUUAACGUUUUGGGUAUCACUGGAUACAGGAAGAAUGUUUACAAGGCUUUUGUGGUGGAAGUUCUCGAUGAGAGCAACCGAGUGAAGAAUGUGGAUGAAAAAAUGUCUGGUAGGCUGCAAGUCAAGACCAGGCUAAUGUAUAAAAUGGAUUUGACAGUUGUCUUAUUAAACUCUGCGGAUUUUGAAGAUUUAAACGAUUCGGAGUUGAAGGAAUACGUCAGGAGAGAAAUGUCCAUCGUGUCAUGAAUAUUUUUAUAGAAAUUUACAGAAAAAUCGUGAUUCAGUCAAAGAAAUAAAUAUUUAUGUACCAAAUUAAA